CCUCUGAGAUAUGCCCUCCUCAUGAGCCAGAGGGUCUGCCUGCAGAUGGCCGCCGUCUCCUGGGCUGGGGGUGCCUUUUUAUCACUGGCACACACUGCCUACGCCAUGCACUUCCCAAUCUGUGGUUCCACAGAGAUUUCUCAUUUCCUUUGUGAGGUCAUCGCCAUCCUCAAGCUGGCCUGUGAGGACAUCUCUGCCUACGAGAAGGCUGUGGUGGCGACCAGCAUUGUGGUGCUCCUCAUUCCCCUGUCCCUCAUCUUGACUUCAUACGUGCUCAUCUUCCUUGCUGUUCUCCGCAUGAACUCCCCUGAGGGCAGAAAUAAAGCCCUGGCUACCUGUUCCUCUCACCUGGCUGUGGUGAGCCUCUACUUUGGCCCGGCCAUGCUGGUCUACAUGAGGCCAAGCUCCUACCACAGCCCCAAGCUGGACCAGGUCCUCUUCUUGUUUGGUGCCAUCCUCACCCCCAUGAUGAACCCCCUCAUCUACAGUCUGAGGAAUAAGGAGGUGGUGGGGGCUCUGAAAAAGGCGCUGGGAUGCUGUCCAACCUCACUCUAGACCACAAAUAUACGGCAAACCUUAGCCACGAGCUCUGUUUCAGCUCAGUCAGCCCUGUUGGACGUCGAGGCCUCUGGUCAUGAGGUUGAAACUGCAAUGGCACCACUGGCUCCAUGGAUUCAGGACACACAGACG